AUGGCAAGCUCAACACAUUCAAUAGAAAACUCUCCAACAUCAACCAUGUCUUAGGCUCCUAAAAUUAAAGAGGAAUCUAUUACUAUUGGCUUGAGUUGGAAAGCAAUACUUAGAAAAAAAAAUUAGACUAAACGCCCGAAUUAAAAACUAACUCCAAGGUUAUCAGAAUCGAUAAAAUCAAAGAACAUACCCAAGAAUGUAGCCAAAGCCAUCAUACAAUAAAUCCUUAAUAACAAUGUAUAGGAGCAGAUAGAAGAAAAAGAGGAGUUCUUGAAAUUCAUCAUUAAAAAUAGAAAAAUUUAGAAUCUAGCUUACCUGAUGAAAAUAACAAGACCUCAUAAAUUAGAAAGGCUAAACAAAUUACAUAAAUAGUUUAGAUAGAUUUGGUAUGCAAUAAAUGUAAUCAUAUUUUUAGUUGGAAUUUUCUGAAAAAGUAGUAUGUACCAUAUAUAUUCAAUUCCAGAAUUAAAAAUCCAGAAGGCCAUUUGCAAUACAGGAAUCAAUUAAUGAAAGUGUUUGCUCAAAAAUAAUGA